GCAACAACUCUGUCCAGAUUUGUUAAGUUUUUUUUUCCCCUUACAAUUGUCCAAGUGACUGCAGAUCACCAUGGGUAAACUUUUCAAAUGGUGUCUGCUUGUGGUCAUAUUGGAGUUGCUGUGGAUUAACUCAAGCAGCAGCAGUACGAGUUCCAGUUCCCCGCCCGAGCUAUCGACAACAUUCCGUCAAUGCGAACCCAUCCGGAUUGAAAUGUGCCGUGGCAUUGGCUACAAUGAGACGUCUAUGCCCAAUCUGGAGGGUCAUGAGCUGCAAACAGAUGUAGAGUAUACCUUGCAGACAUUUGCCCCGCUAAUUGAAUACGACUGCAGUUCCCAGUUAAAGUUAUUCUUGUGCGCCGCCUUUGUACCCAUGUGUACCCCGAAGGCGCCAGUUCAUGCAAUUGGACCAUGUCGCAGUUUAUGUGAAUCGGUGAGGAUACGUUGCCAUCCGGUUUUGCAGGGAUUUGGGUUUCCCUGGCCGCUGGACCUGGACUGUGAAAGAUUCCCAAAGGAAAAUAAUCACGAAACGAUGUGCAUGGAAGGUCCAGGCGAAAUGCACAUGCCAGUGCAGGAUCAUGAGUUUGAUAACACGAAUGGUGGCGGAGUGGCCCAAGUAGGCUCAGGAAUUGGUGGUAAAAUGCCCUGGGACUGCUCAGGUUUUGCCAAAUCGCAGUUAUAUGUCCGUUUACCACGAUCUGGACGCUGUGCACCAUUAUGUGAAGCUGACAUUUUAUUUACCCCUAGCGAAAAGCAUUUGUCUGAAAUUUGGGUGUCCACUUGGUCAUAUGCUGCCUUAGGCUUAGCCCUGGUGGCUACCCUCUGCCUACUACUGAGUGAUGAACGUAGCAGUGCCAAAUGGUCCCGAUUGUUAUCCCCUCUGAUUUGGUGCCAUAACAUGGUAACUUUAGGCUGGAAUGUGCGUUUUUUGGUGGGUAGAACUGGCACAUCAUGCGGCAUGGAUCCUCAAGUUCCUAAUGAGUUGCUCUUGAGUAUUGAUGGGCUGUCCAAUGCGGCCUGUGUGAGUGUGUUCCUGUUGCGCUACUACUUUCUGAUGGCUGGCUGUGCCUGGUGGGCUAUUCUCUGUUUGGGUUGGCACAGGGAUAUACGACGUCACAGUCCCGAUAACAAAGGCCACAUGGCCAUACCAUCUAGUUCCAACCCAAGUGCCUUAACGAAACGCAGUGCUCAACAGGAUUUGGCUGCUAACAACUUUGUCUGUUUUUUGGCCUGGGGUUUGCCAGCUUUUCAAACAGCAGCCGUCAUUGUCGGACGCCUUGUGGAUGCGGAUGAGUUAUUAGGUGCCUGCUUUGUGGGUAAUCAGUCGGACAAAGCUCUGCAGAUUCUUGUCGCCACUCCUGUAUUUUGUUAUUGGAUCUUUGGUUCAAUGAAUUUAAUAUCUGGUUAUUUGGUUCAUUGCCGCAACAAGGAAAUCCUGCGCAACUCCAACACACUAAGUCUUCAUCAGCAAAGGAACGUAAAUGGAUCCGCCUCUACUUCUGGCAUGGGUAUAUUUCUGUUCAUUUAUGGCCUGGCCAGUGCUCUUUUCCUGCUGGCCGUUAUCUAUGAGUUUGCCAACAUUGAUAUCUGGUUAAGUGCCGGCGCGACAAGCACUCCACUAUGGCCAUAUUUAUUGCGUGCCUUCAUGGAGCUUAUGUUGGGAAUUUGUUGCUUUGCUUGGGUCUUGGGACCCACAAUAUCUACCAUGUAUAAGCGUCAAGUCUCCCAGAAGCAGAUUGCUCUAAAGCAACAACAACAACAGCAGCAACAGCAACUUCAACAUGACGGCCAAAACAGUUCGCGUGGUUCACAUGCCGCAUGCAGCAGCACAGUAGUUUCCUAUCAUUCGGUGCGUCCUUCCGUUCAUCAAUCGCUCGCAAGUGCUCCCGUCUUGACUAGUCCUUAUAAACUUAAAUCGCAACCACACCAUGGAGCUGGCUCCAUUUCGUUAAAUCAAAUGUCAAAUUAUUCGCUAGGUCGGCAACAUCAGCAUCAUCAGCAUUCGCAUUCGCAUCAUUAUCAACAUCAUCAAGGCUAUGGCCAUCAAAAUUUUACUCAUCACGGUCAUCGCUAUUAUCCCUAUGGGGAUGAAACGCUCCUUUGAUUAUGCCAGUUACGAAAUUUGACAUUUAUUUUCUGUCAAAAUUUAUCAAAAUGUUCCUGCUUCUAUAAUUCUAUUCUCUUUUCAGUUUUUGAAAAGCAAAAUUAAGCAUAGCCAAGGUUCGACAGUCAUAUUUAUACAAUUUUGGAUUAGCUCCAUUUAUAUAUUAGUGCCAAUUCAGUACAGAUCCAAUUAGUAUAUAACUCUUUUUCUGAAAGUUCUAAAUUGGAGCACAAAAAAAAAGGUUAUUACAAUGACCUUACUGACUUUUAUCCUAUCAACAUGCUAUAUAACAUAUAUGUGUACUGUGUAUAUAUAUAAAUGUUCUUUGUUGUAUUUAGAUUUAGUAUAUUAUUUUUUUUCUGUACUUAAUAACGAACUUAAUUAGGUAUGUGUAUUAACUGCAAUGAUUCAUUAUACAAACAUUUCAGCUUGCCGCCUGGUGUAACCAAAGUACAAUUAUUCCCCAAUUUACCCACCUCUCCUCAUUCCUUUUCCCCCGUCUCUAUUUCUUUUAACCUGUGUCUGUAUUAAUUCGACAUUAUAUAUGUGUUAAGAUAAAUAUGUAAAUACUGUGAUAAGCAUUUCAAUCAAAACUAAAACCCAAUUUUCUAACUAACUUUCUGACUAUUGAAAGCAUAGCUCAAGUGUACUUAAUAUAUAUAUUAAAAUGCAAUUGUAUACAAUGUGCCAUUAGAUUUAAGAAAUUUGAGUACUUAAAAAUGAUAUACAAAAUUUAUAAAUCAAAACAAUAACGUCCUUUUGGAAUAAUAAUCAGCAAACGCAUAAACUGUGGCUCAGCUGCUGUUUUUGUUUUGUAUACAUAUGUAUGUAUUUAUAUAUAUUUACCCAUAUAUACAUAUAUAUAAAUUAUUUCCUUUAUUGAUAACUUAUUUUUUUAGUGAAUAAAGUGUCGAAAAAUGAA